AUGACGCUGACAUUACUCGGAGAAGAAGAUCAGCGGAGUAUUGAAACGUGCAGGAUCAAACGCGAGAUGCAGGGCAUAUUAUGGAAUGGAUGGGGACGUGCAACUAUGAAAGAACCACGAGGAGCUUUACGGCGUAUGUCAAAUGUAGUUUCAAGUGGAAUUUGGGGCCGGGAAACCGAGACAGUAGAGCCACCAUCACGUAAAUCGUCUGUAACAUCAGAUACAUCUCAGUCAAGUGUACAGACAACAAUUUCAGGGGCAACCACGCCAGAAGACAGAGAAGAACAACGUGCAAUAGAUCCAGUGGUUUUGCACGGAGAGGUUAUCUCGAUUACAACACAUGUUGGAUUGUUUCAGAAUAAAAAACAUGAAUAUUUGGUUCUUACAAAUGGAGAGCUUUUUAAGUUUAAAUCACAGAUGAAGGCACUUUUAGUAUUUCCAUCCUCUGAAACUGAUGAAAAAUGCAGGAUUGCACCAGCAAAUGACAGUGAUGAAAAACUGUCCAAAAUGCAUACAAUUCAUGGAAUGUUUCGGAAAUAUCAAUUUGAAGCAGACCAUCAGUCAUUAUUGCUUCGACAGAUUAUUGCUAUUAGAGAAGUAGGACCAACAAGUUUUUCAAUAUAUUAUGAUGAUGCGUUUGUAUCAUCAUCACUAUCGAAUAUAUCUAUCGUUAAUUUACAUUAUAAAUCGAACGAUAUUAUGCGAUGUUGGAUUAUUCAUAUUCGGAUGGCGGUACAGCUUCAGCGGGUCUCAGGAGCGUUUUUGUCAUCGAAACAAUAUGAUUAUGUGAAGAACUAUAUGAGGAGUUGUCAUGAAAACAUUGACAAAACGUCUGAGUAUCAUUUCAAGGCGUUUCGUGUUAUUCAAAAGUUGCCCAAGUCAUCAUCACGUCCGGAUUCAGGCCAAGAUGAUAUAACGAAGAGGGUUUUUGUCCCGAGGAUUCUUGUGAUUGGGACGUAUAGCAUGCACAUAUUGCCUAUUCCAUCGGCAGAGUACGUUUUGUUUUCAGGGAAUCAAUUGCGGUCGGUUGAAGUUUCAACGUAUGGGUUAUUAUCGCUUUCAGCAAUGAUUGUUUCACCGAAUGAUGAUUACAUGCGAUUAUGGUUUCAAAUUCCAUGUAAUUCUACAAAUUGUUUGGAUUUUGCAUCUUGUAAAUCGGAUGAGAUUAUGGGGAUUAUAAAGAAAACGAUUGACCAUUUACGUCCUCAUUGGCCAAAUACGCCUUUGUCUAUGGAUUUGGCAUCGGAUUUUGAAACAAUAUCCUUAUCCGAGAAGCCGGAGAAUGCUGAAAUGGAUAUGGAAAGCUUUCAACAUACAUUGAGAGGCUAUGCUAUAAGCUAUGGAGUGGAUGUAUCGAAUAUUUAUUAUCAAAUUUACCAAAAAGAUUCUAAAACUAUUUUUCGCUUGCUACCACCAACACAUUUUGUUUCGAAAAAAGACACCGCUAAAGAUUAUUCGUUUCUUGAAUUACUUUCAGUGUUCCGUACGUUACGGUAUCAGUUGUUUGACGAAAUUUCUUUCUCAAAUGUUAAUCUUACUCCUUUGAAAGGAAAAAAGUAUCGCCAUGAUGACGCUGGCUAUCAUGAAAGAGCUAUACUUAAUUUAAAAGCUGGUCUAGAAAAGGGUUCUGUGCUUCAAGAAGAGCUACGUGACUUGGCUAUUUUUAAUAAAUCAUUGACUAAACUUGAUUUAUCAGGUACGAUUCCGAAAAAUUAUACAUCAAAUGGAACGGAUGAAAAGGGUUCUGAAGUAGUGGCUGCUUUAAUAUCACUGAAUAGGCAUGAAUUGAUCACACAAGUUCGUUCUUUGAAUUUUUCUAGAAUCGAAUUGGAUUCGGUAGAUAUUGAUUGGAUUUUGGAUGCGACGGCGAAUAAAUUUAGUCGUUUAGAAGGGUUAGAGCUUAGUAAAUGUGGUUUAUCGUCUAGAAGUUUAUCCAUUUUACUUCAAAGUCUUGAAGUUCAGCAUAAUACUAUGAUAGUUUUAGAUCUUUCAUAUAAUCCUGGAAUGAUUGAAAUUAAUGCGUUAAAUAAUACACUUUCGAAGCUUACUUAUUUGAAAAUAUUACGAUUAGGACAUUGUACAUUUGAUCUUCCGGAUACCUUUAUUCAAUCCCAAUCACUUUAUUCCUUACGACUGCAUGAACUUUGUUUGGAUGGUAUUCUUUUAUCAGAAACUAUUAUACUUUUAAUAUCUGAAUAUCUUUCCGAUUAUGCAUCUUUCUCGCUUAGAACUCUUUCAUUAAAAUCGUGUGGUAUAACUGGAUCGAAUUUUGCGAAAAUACUUUCUGCCAUUAAUCUCAUAGAUCAACCGCGAGAUGAAAGAUUACAAAUAUUUGCUGGGGAUAAUAGGUUAUUCGAAGGUCAUGAUGAAAUUGUUUCUUCCAUUUUAAUAGGACGUGGACCUGCAAGAAUUUCAAUAGCAAGUCUCGAUUAUUCAUCGGAGGAACAAUUUCGAUCUCUUUUAAGAGCAGUUACCUUUUCUAAACACAUAUCUCAUUUGGAUAUAUCAAGAAUUGGACUUCCAUACGAAGCUUCGAAAGAAACGUGUAGAUGUUUGGCAGAACUUUUUGAAAAAAAUACAUCUUUAAGAGAAUUGGAUUUGACUGGAGAAACGGGUUUACUUCAGACAACCGGUCUUGGGAGUGGUAUUGCUCAAUCAUUAAAAUCCUUGGAGAAGAAUAGGUCUCUUGAAGUUUUGAAAAUCGAAGGAAAUUCAAUAAAAGAAAAAGGAGCUGAAAUAAUUGCAAAUGUACUUUUAGUUAACACAACACUUCGUAAAAUCGAAUUUGACAAAAAUAUGAUUAACUUUAAGGGAUUUUGUGCUAUUGUUUCAGCUAUGGCGAAGAAUACGAAUAUUGUAAAAUUGUCGCCACUCAUACAUGAUUAUGAAUAUUAUUUGUUUCAUGUAUCAAUCGAUUCUAAUACAACACUUGCAUCAAAAGCAUCUUUAGCCGCAAUUAAAAAGCGCCAUUCUAUUUGUUCUAAAGAUUUAAGUCUCAUUAGGGAGUCUUUAAGGGGUACAUCAAAAAUUUUGAAAGAACAGUGGAAUAGAGAAGCAGCCAAGUUGGAAUCAUAUCUUACGCGAAAUCGAUCGAAAUUAAAUGCAUAA